CGAACAUUAAAAAAACUGACAGCCGCAGUGGGCAAACUUUUUUUAGGUUUGGCUUUGUUUAAAUUCGUGAUUUCAUGAUUUAGUCGUUAUUACUUUUUAUAAAAUGCCGAAAAUGCCAUUAAUUUUACCAGUAUUUCAUUCCGUAAAACGAAACGUAGCUAAUUUUAUAACGUCAAAAUACCAAAACAAAAGUGAAGUUCGCGCGAGCCUCAAAGAAAGGAUGGCUCUUCGGUCUGUGAUGUCGUCGAAAAUACCAUUGAUUGUGAUUUUAGGUGCCACAGGUACAGGGAAAACUAAACUAGGUGUGGAACUAGCCCAAAGAUAUGGAACCGAGAUCAUUAGUGCGGAUUCCAUGCAGAUCUAUAAGGGACUGGAUGUGGUAACUGCUAAAGCGAGUCAACAAGAACGUGCCACGGCCACCCAUCAUCUCCUAGACAUCCUGGAGCCCCACCAGAUGUUCACUGUCGUGGAUUUCAGAAACAGAGCACUCAAGAUCAUAGACAAUUUAACGGAACAGGGGAAAAUUCCGAUUGUAGUAGGCGGAACAAAUUACUACAUCGAAUCUAUAGUUUACAAAAUACUAGUUGAAGACAUGCAGGACGCAGAAGCGCUACUUUGGGACAAAAGUCGAAGAAAAAGAGAUUUUGAUGAAGUAGAAUAUACGGAGCAUGAAACCAUUAGUAAAAAAAGAAAUAACCAGACGAAAGAUCCUGUUUCAUUAGACACACAAAUGCAAACUAGUACCAUAAAUGCAGAAGAUAACACUGGCAAAUUGGAUAUCAAUGAUGAGAGAACAAAAGAGAAGCUCAAAGAAGAUGUUGAUAAUGAAUCUAAAUUCACCAAUGAAGAGAUCCAUCAAAAAUUAAAAUCUUUUGACCCUGUCAUGGCAUCACGUUUACAUCCCAACAAUAGAAGGAAAGUGCUAAGGUCUAUCGAGGUAUGGCUGAAAACUGGCCGUCUACACAGCGAGAUCCUGGCAGAACAGAAGCUGAGCGAGGGCCAGCUCAGAAGACCAGGAGCCACCAUCAUACUAUGGCUGAAAUGUGAACAGAGUGUCCACGACCUUCGUCUGAACAGCCGCGUGGACACCAUGCUGGAGGAAGGCCUUAUCGCAGAACUGCUGGACUUCCACGAGAGGCACAACAAACACAGGAUUCAGGAGGGAAAGUCUCCCGACUACACCAAGGGUGUGUUUCAAACAUUGGGCUUCAAAGAGUUCCAUGACUACUUAAUGCUUACAGAAGAAGAAAGAAACAGCGAAGAGGGGAAGAAACUUCUAGAAGUGAGCAUCGAGAACAUGAGGAUCGGCACACGGAGAUACGCCAGGAGGCAAAAUAAAAUGAUCAGGGGGAGAUUUCUGGAACAUCCCUCGAGAGAGCUCCCUGCUAUUUACGAGUUGGACACCACGGACUUGACCAAAUGGAAUGAAGAAGUUAAAAAAAAAGCUGUUCACAUCAUAGACAGCUACAUAAAGGGAAUAGCUUGCGAUUUCGAACCUUUAAAAUGCACUGUUGACGAAGAAAAGAAGAACAUUGACGGGAAUUCGAGGAACUAUUGUGAAGUGUGCAACAGACUUAUUUUAGGAGACAGGACUUAUGAAAUCCAUUUACAAUCUAACAGACAUAAGAAAGUUUUAAAAUUGAAAAAGAAAUUAGAGGAAAAAUAAAUUAAAAGAAUUCAGUGAAUAUUAAUCAUUAUUACUUUGCCAGUACAAAAAAAAUGUUAUCUUUUUAUUAGAUAAUUUGUUACCUACAUGUCAAUAAUAAAGUUCUUGUAUUGUGAUUGAAUUAAUAAAAUAGUACUUGAACUAAAUAAAACUUUAUUUA